AUGCCGCUUCCAACAGGGAAAGAGGCUAGUUACAAGGAUAAGCUCAAACCUGGCGAUAGGCAGAUUUAUAACAGUUUCAUAAACGCAGAAGUGAAAGAACUUCAACAGUCUUCUCUCCUCACCUGGUCACAAGUUCCCGAGCAGAAACAGGAGGAAGUAAUCAAUAGGAUUAAAAAUCGGCUUAGAGAUCAGGAUUUUCUGGAAGCAACGAGCGAUGAUGUCAGGAAAAGCAUGAUAAACAAGUUGAAGGGACAGAAAUACGAGGGCACUGCCUCAGCGAACAGGGCGGAAAACCGGGCGAAAAAGAAUGUGUCGACAGGUGCCGCCACCACGGCGCCCACAGGGAAAUUGCCUUACGAUCCAAUCCGGGACGCCUCUCCACAGCAGGACAACUAG